AUGUUCAAGGUGCCCGACUCAGACCCGCCGUCGACGCCCAACUCGCGCCGCGACAAUGACCAUCCAUCCACAACACCCGCACACCCACCGCCAACGGGAUACACAAAUGCCUCGUUCACNUCCAGCCGGGCCUCCGCCCCCAGCGUCUAUGGCAGCUCGCUCUUUGGCGAAUCCCGCAACAACUUUCAACCGCAAUCCAAAGCUACGAAGCCUGCCUUUGCAAUGCCUAGCAGUCCACCGCGCAACCAUCACCAAGACUUUGACGACGACAUGGAUGCCGACGGCGAAAGCAUCCUAGACGAAUAUCCGAACAAUCAAUUACCUGCCUUCAAUUCUGCCUUUCCAUCAGCCUUCCGCUCCGCCAACAAGCCAACACAACAGCCCACCAUGGUUUCCUCACCCCGUGGUCUAAAGCGUUCGCGUUACGGAAAUGUUAUGGGCGACUCCUUGCGUCAGUCUACCGGCCUGCGCAUCGAAAAGGACAGACAGACUGCCAUUCCUGGCAUUGCAAAGAAGAUGGCUACCAAACAAGCUCCACCACUGAGCGAAAGCGACGACAUGAUCCUGCGCACCGACUCGCUCAUGGCCCAGCUGGACGCCGACAUUAAGCUCGCAACCACACCCGUUCUGCCCAAUCGCACAGCACAACAGCUGGGCCAGCUCUGGCAGAAGCACUCUCAGAUCAAGUCGCAAUCAGGCUCAAUCGGUCCCAAAUCAAACUCUGGUCUCGACAAAGCAAACUAUCUGGCACAACUCGCUCUCCGCCUACACCAUCCCUUUUCCACAUCUGUCAAUGCGCCCUCCUCAUACCAACCAAACACCACCUACUCAAACCUCGUCAUGUCUUCAGAUCACCCCACGUCGAUCCCCCGUGCCCUGCUCGACUGGCUGAACACCUACCAUAACCCCUUUCCCGAUGAUCUUACAGACGUCUUGCGCUAUCGCCCGACCCCCGUUGCCCAUGAUCGAUUCUGGGACAUAGUUUAUGCCUGCACAUUGCGCGGCGACAUCCUCAACGCUAUCAGAUUACUAGAAACUGCGGAUUGGUCGCAAGCGGAAUCAGCUAUUGAAGACGGUUACGAUGAGCCCGGAUACUCUGGAAGCCACCUUCACGCUAUUCGUGAAGUUAUCAGCCGCUGUGUGGAUCUGCUCAGCACCUGUCCUGCUGUUACUGAGAAUGACUGGGAUGUGAAGGGCUCUGACUGGACCAUCUUCCGCCAUCGUGUUCGUCGCGAACUUCAAGACUUGCAGGACUUUGCAGAAGCAGACAGUCGUGACAAGGAUCAGUUUCCGCCUGCACCCUUUGGCAGAGUGAGCAUGAGUUUCAGCACAGCCAGUCGCCGUGCCGAGAGCAAGGUGCCUUGGCUCAUCUACGAAAGUCUCAAAACUUUGUAUGGUCAACUUCUGGGCAAGAGGGACGAGAUUAUGGUCGCAACUCAGGACUGGCUGGAAGCUGUCAUCUUCCUCACUGCCUGGUGGGAUGGCGAAGACGACGAUGUCAUGGACGAUUUCGCCGCCAGCAGACGUUCAAUGCGCCAGUCACAGUCGAUGCGCCAGGUCGACAUCUCGCCUGUAUUUGCAUACAAGAAACAGCUACUCCUGGCUUUCGCUGCUACUACCGACAAACCGGAUGAAGAAGAGUUUUACCUCAAUACUGUCAGUCCACUCCACGUCGGUCUUGCCUGCAUCUGUGAAGAUGAUAUCCAGGGCCUCGUGGGUAUCUUGAAGUCUUGGUCCCUGCCUAUCGCUUCUGCUAUUGUUGAGUUGGCUACCGUCGCGGGUUGGAUGCCAUCCUCGGCGAGCAACAUCUUGGACGCCUUUGACCAAGACGACUUGAUGGUAUUAAGCCACGGCCAGCCAUCACAGCCCGACUUGAUCAAACGCGAUGACGUGUUGAUACAAUAUGCCUCAGUGUUGGCCAAGAAGGACUCCCUGAAGAGUGCAACUGGCAGACCUGUGCAGGAGGGCUGGGAUCUUGCUUGUCGUGUACUUGGACGUCUUGAUAGCUUCGAGACGGCCAAGUGGAAGAUCUCAGACUUGCUGAACCAGAUCACCCUUGACUCGACGACGCGAGUAGAUAAGGUCCUCGCUGUUCUCAAUGAGAUUGGUCUGCCUGAUCAGGUUCGCGAGAUUGCCGAGCGCUAUGCCGAUGAUCUGGCAGCUUCUAGUCAAGACUAUGGUAGUGCGCUGAUCUACUACGCCCGGGCACACGCCUCGCAAAAGCUUCGCAGUACCAUUGAUCUGCUUAUCUCACUGUGCCUGGUGCAGAGCGCUGCAUUCCCUCCACAAGCAAUCAUCGACCCGCAACUUGACGCUCUUCUCAAUGAUCAACACGCUACUCUUCACCAGGUUGCACGUCAAGACGUUGCAGCUGCUCAACUGCUUGCAUCACAGCUCAGUGGUUACGCAACACUGCGCCGCUUCUACGACUUGCGCGACGCGGAUACCGCCAAAGAUGCAGCUGAAGCUGAUGUUGAACAUGAUGAAGAAGUUGCGAGUCGCAAGCCUGGCAUGUUGAGGCCAUUGGCCCGCAAGCGUGAAGCGGCUAGGGCGUUGAUGGCUGUGAUAGAGUCUGCCGCGGAUAGUAUUCGAGGUGGUCUGUAUGAUCCCGAGGCUCAGUCCGUGGUGCAGGUGGACGCUUUGAUGACUCUGUUGUGUGAAGCAUUGCCUCUAAUGAACCAGACAAAGCAAAUACUGAAGACACCGCACCUCCUCACUCUGAUCCGCGCAAUCGAAGACCUUGAGACUAUCACUCCGGGCAUAUAUGGUCAGAAUUCCGCCGUCUUCAAUGCUGCAAUCAACAGCUAUAUCUCAAACUCAACGACACCUGCUUCCCUUACGCCAUCGUCCUCGACUCCCGAUCUCAGCAAGUCAAUUGCAGGCUUGAGGCAGAGCGUGAGCUGGAACAUGGUCAACAGCAGUGGCAGCAUCGCUUCUGAACAAACCGGCAAUGGCGAUUCCAGUGCUGGUGUGAUNGGGGGUAUCCAGGUGAAGAGAGCUUGGGACUGGAGAGUUGGUGCUGUGUAUAUGAAGGGCAAGAGCGUCAAGCCCGAAGACGUGAUGCGAGUCCUCAGGUGUCAGGUCGCUGUUGAGAUGGGCAAGGUGAUCAUCAUGAAGAGCGUGUGGACGUAUUUUUCUGCAUUCUUAAUCGGCAGUGUGCCGUUUGCGCAGGCAUCCAAAUGGCGCUCUGACCAUUUGGCUGGUGAAGACGAGCAUGCGUUGGCCAAAGUCAUGGCCUCUUCCCAUACAGGCAAUGCGACAUUCAGACAGUACGUUGACCACGGCAACAAGGAUAUCGGAACCUUUGAGCAGUUCUACUUUUACUCGACCGAGUUCUAUGGUGGUGAAGGCUCGCCCAUCAUUUUGUUCACUCCUGGAGAGACCAACGCUAGCGCUUAUACGAGCUACCUCACUCUCAACAGGACUACUGGUGUUCUUGCAAAGGAAAUUGGUGCUGCCAUCGUCUGUGAGUCAAACGAUAAUGACAAUCGGAUUCUCGAUUACCGUGCUAAACACAUUCUCCAGGCNAUUGAACACAGAUACUGGGGCUACAGUUCGCCGUAUGCUGACCUCACGACCGAAAACUUGCAAUACUUGACACUCGACAACUCAAUCAGCGAUCUGACAAACUUUGCAAAACAUGUGCGCCUCCCCUUCGACUACCACAGAAAGUCUUCGCCAAACCGUGCACCCUGGGUCAUGAUGGGCGGCUCUUACUCUGGAGCUUUGUCUGCCUGGACUGCUUCAACUCAACCUGGUAUCUAUUGGGCGUACUGGGCUUCAAGUGCCCCUGUUCAAUCGAUCCUCGACUAUUGGCAAUAUUUCGUGCCAAUCCAGCAGGGAAUGCCCAAGAACUGCUCGUCUGACGUGUCUCUGGUGAUCGAUCAUGUGGAUUCAGUGCUCCUAAAUGGUACCGCUUCCGAGAUCCACUCGCUCAAGCAAUCCUUCGGUCUCGAGAAUCUAGAGCACAAUGAUGAUUUCGCCGCCGCUCUUCAGAAUGGUCCUUGGCUCUGGCAGGGCAAUCAGUUCUAUAGGAACACUGGCUUCUUCGACUUCUGUGAUGCCGUAGAGAACGUCAAACCUAACAGCACCAACACCACUCUCCCUGGCCCCCAGGGUGUCGGCCUCAAGAAGGCUCUGGCUGGCUAUGCUGAUUGGUUCAACACAACUUACUUGCCAGGCAGCUGUGAGGGCUAUGGCUAUGAAGAGUGGGAAGGCGAACGCAACAUCAAGUGCUUCGAUACCUACAACACAUCGUCACCGAUGUACACUGAUAUCUCACUUUCAAAUCAAUUCGACAGGCAGUGGGUUUUCAUGACAUGCAAUGAGCCUUUUGGAUACUAUCAAACUGGGGCCCCUGAAGACCGUCCUUCAAUAGUGUCGCGUUUGAGCACCGCUGACUACUGGACCCGUCAAUGCGCCUUGAUGUUCCCUCCGUCCAACUCCUCUGUUGUUGGACUCGACAGAGGUGCUACGACAGCACAGGUCAAUGCAAAGAACAAGGGUUGGAACAACUACUCGCCUGGGCUCCUUUAUGUCAACGGUGACUACGACCCCUGGCGUGAAGCUAGCGUCUCUUCGGACUUCAGACCCAACGGUAAACUGGCAAACUCUACACGAAACCCAGUUGUCAUUGUGCCUGGCGGCUUCCAUACGAGUGAUCUGGUCACGCAGAAUGCAAAGAGCAAUGCCGGAGCCAAGGCUGCCAUCGAUGAAGCUGUCGGUAUCAUGAAGGAGUGGGUCGGCGAGUUCAAGCAUGGCAAGAAGUGGUUUGAAGGGUAG